GCCCCUCCCGUUCCCCGCUUCCCGGGGCCGUGUCCCGCGCUGCUCCCGGGGGCGGUCCCGCGGAGGCGGUGCCAGGGGCGGCCGGUCCGUCCCUUCUUCCCUCCCCCCGGUGCUUCGCCAUGUCGGACCCGGACCCGGGCGGGGGGGGGUUCCUGAGCCCCAGCAACGAGCAGCGGUGCCGGGCGCGGCUGGCGGCGGCGGCGGGGAGAUCCCGGGCGGCGGCGGUGGCGGCGGCGGUGCUGGUGCCGCUGUGCUCGGUGCGGGGUCGCCCCGCCUUGCUCUUCACCCUCCGGUCCCGCCGCCUGGGCGGGCCCCACAGCGGGGACGUCAGCUUCCCCGGGGGGCGGCGGGACCCGGCGGACACGGACGCGGUGGCCACGGCGCUGCGGGAGACGCGGGAGGAGCUGGGGCUGGAAGUGCGGGCAGCGAGUGUCUGGGGACAGCUGCGGACCCUGCCCGACCGGGGACAGCUAGUGGCUCCCGUGGUGGCCAACCUGGGCCCUUUGGAGGACUUGACACUGACCCCCAACCCCGACGAGGUGGAGGAGGUCUUCACCCUGCCCCUGGACCACCUCCUGCGGGAGGACAACCAGGGCUACACCCACUUCCGUGCCGCCGCCGCGGGUCGCUACGGGUACACCCUGCCCGUCUUCCUCCACGGGCCCCACCGCGUCUGGGGCCUCACGGCCAUUGUCACCGAGCUCCUCCUGGAGCUGCUGGCACCGGGACGGUACCGCAGGAAGACCCACGUGCCGGGACGCAGCCCCCCCGCCUGAGCCAGGGGGGGAUGGGGGGAGCAAGUACAGCUGGAGCUCAUCCAUGGGGGGGACUGCCCCCCUACCACCACCACCGUGGGUGCUGCUGCCCACCGGGCUCCAGGAGCCCACGGGCGAUGUCACAUGCUGGGAUUUAGUAAAACAAAGUUGUGUUUUGA